AUGUCGGCCGCUCCCAGCAAGGCCUCGAUGGCCAUGGCCAUGCCCAUGCUCGACGUGGAGGCGCUGGUCCAGGUACAUUGCUCCCUUGUCCCACCCUGGCGCAAAAGGGCUAACGGCCACAGGCAAUGCACAAAGGCCGGCGUCGAGUGCAUGUUCUACGACCACGGCCGCAACCAGCUGCUACCCAGGAGUUAUAUCAGCGAGCUGGUGGAUCGUGUGCGGCGCUUGUCAGGCGGGCCGUCGCCGCCCAAUUCGGGAAGCCUCGUGGAGAACGGCACGUUUGGCGCAAUCAAGAGCGACUCUCUAGAGUCCGACUCUCCGCGACACGAGCAUCACUUCGCCGAGGCUGGCAACAGCUACCGCUAUCUGGGUGCUGAAUCCUGCUUACUCAAGUCGCCGCGUCUGCAUGCUGCCACCAAUGUCCGCGGCGAGCAGACCGACGACGAGUUUGACGAGUGGCAGUUUAUGAACAAGGACUCAACCGACAAGCAGUAUGAGCUUGUGCAGUUGUAUCUGGAGAUUAUCCAGCCCAUCUAUCCCAUUCUCGAUGCUUCCCAGCGUUACCUAGGGCCCGAGCUGCCCAGCGACCUAACAUCAACCGAAAAGUUCUCGCUUUAUAUGAUCUACUCCAUAGCCUGCUAUGUCCUCCCAAACACCGGCAAGAAGCAGCCGCAUAGCCAGGGCUGGAACCCUUCAGGUAGACUAGCAUACCACCAAGCAAAUUCAAUCAGGUACCGCUCCCUGGCCACACAGUACUUUGCAGAUGCCAUGGAGCAUCUCGAAGUAGCCACCUUGGAGCCAAACAUUGAUACGAUUCGCUCUGUUCUGCUACUAGCCAUCAAUAGCUCAUUCGAUCCCAUGAGUGGUAACAUUGGCCAGCAGGUAGCUCUGGCGGGUCGGCUAGCCUUUGAUCUGGAAUCGAAAGGGGCUUUGCAGGAGUUGGAGCCACACGAUGUUGAAUUGCUCCAUGCAAUGCACAUGACUAUUUUUAGUCUCGAGAACCAGAUUGCUUCUACUUUGGACCGGCCUGCGCUGUUCCCCGAGCCCGAAACGGAACUGUGCUUCGACAAGAACAAACCUGCAGAGUAUCUCUGCUCGUUGUAUAGGAUGCAGAACCGUUUUCGCAAGGGUGACGAAAUUGCCAAGGAGAAUGUCAAGAAGCUCCUGCCACUUUUUGACGAGAGGGACGAGCUACUGCCUGCCAUCCGCAUCACACUGCACAUGACGCAUCUCCUGCUGAAUCCCUGCUGGGGAAGUGCAUGGCAUGUCCUCGAGGCUGUAGUGAGCUUCGGAGGUAUCCACGUCUUUGUGACACCACACUGGGUCUACAGAGCCGGCACUGUCCUCAUCCAGAACAUCCCCGCAAUUUUUGGCGGAAACCUCAUCCAGCUGUAUUCCAAUGCGCUUCUGGUCCUCGAACUCUCCUCCUGGAAAUGGCCGAGCUCUGCUGCCCUCUCCGCGUCGCUGGUUGACCUCAUGCAGCACAUGAAAACGAAGUACCGGCCAGAUUGGUCCGACAAGCUUCAACAAGGCGACGAAGACGCUUCCGACACCCAAGUCUCGAUGUUGGCUUUCAGUGACAUCAUGGAAGGCUGCAUGUUACGUCGUUUCGGCUCAGAAUCGGGCCUGUACAACAUGUGCAUUGUACCAAGCCGUCCGGCUGGAGCAACGAGUUUCCCAGAUCCCGGUUCCGACGAGGGGUUCCAUUCGGAGUUGCCACCGCGAGGUACUACCGGUACAAGCGGGCCACGGAAAAAGUUACCCAUGGAUCAGCUAGCGAUGGAAGUACGAGACUUGCGAGAAUUCGACUGGGGGUGUAGCUGUUAA